UUGGCGCGAAGUUAUCUGGUGGGCAGUCAACAGAUAUUGUCUGAUUUUCUUUACCUCAUGCAUGGGAAAGAGUGGUGGAUAACUUUCUCUUAAUGCAGCGAGAGCUUUGCACGUUUCCUCUGGCUCCAAAUUACGUGCAUAAAUUAUCAAGCGCAGGUUAUGUCACAGUUGAUGAUCUGAAAGAUGUGACACCCACAGAACUUAGUGAAGAUCUUGGAAUUGAUAAAGAAGAAUCUCUGAAGAUAAUUCAGACUGUUCGAAGCAUAAAAGACUCUUCACAAUUAUGCAAUAAGAAGUCAACCACCAGCAGGAAAAAUUCAUCAAGUUCCAUCCCAGGGAGCACAAAUGCCUUUGACCUUUUGCAGCAAGAGCAAUCUGCUGGUAGCAUUGUCACUUUCUGCGAAAAGUUUGAUGACAUGUUGGGUGGAGGAGUACAAGUUGGCAAAAUCACUGAGUUCUGUGGGGCACCUGGCAUUGGCAAAACUCAAAUAGGAAUGCAGCUAGCAGUAGAUGUUCAGAUUCCUGACGAGUUUGGGGGACUUGAUGGAGAUGCCAUUUAUAUAGAUACAGAGGGAAGUUUUAUUGUUGAGAGAGUGGUAGACAUAGCAACUGCUGCUGUAAGCCAUAUGACAAACAUAGUUCAGUCUUCUGAUGCAGAUCAAACAGAGAGGGAUCUUCUAAAUGGAGCCUUGAAAAAGUUUCAUGUGGAAAGCAUCUUGUCAAGGAUCUAUGUGUUCAGAUGCCAUGACUACGUGCAACUAAUAGCAUUAUCCCAUGUUUUACCAGACUUCCUGCUGGAACAUUCUAAGGUGAAGCUUAUUGUGGUGGACAGUAUAGCAUUUCACUUUCGUCAUGACUUCGAUGACCUUGCUCUGAGAACAAGACUUCUGAAUGGCUUGGCACAGAGCUUUAUAAAAAUGGCGUGUGAACGGCAGUUAGCUGUGGUUUUCAUGAAUCAGAUGACAACCCGUGUCAAAACUACCCAGCUUGGCCGGUCACAUCUGAUACCUGCGUUAGGUGAAAGCUGGGGUCAUGCCAGCACAAUUCGUGUGGUGUUGUACUGGGAAGUUAAUCAGAGGUUUGCCAACUUGUACAAGUCGCCUUCACGACAGGAGAUGAUAGUUCCUUUUCAAAUUACGGCUGAUGGCGUGCGUGACUGUUUUGCCAACAAUCCCAAACAGAAUGGAGGGAGCAGUAAAGAACCUCAGUCAGAUCGGCAUACUGCAGCAUAUGAUUUGGCGUCCAAAGGAGAAGAAAUUGGAGGUUCUGUUGCGAAGAAAAGACGCCUGAAUGAUUUGACUUGAGAAGGAACAAUGUUUCAAUUAAAAUUUGAUCCUCGAGGAGGAAAGAGAAACUUUUCAUCUGCUAAAUGACGGCUUCUGGCUGACUAUUUUUGCGAUAUGUUAACUCUUUGAGGCCCAUGAUUGACUAAGACGGCAAUUCUCCUUACAAUAUCAAUACUCUACCAAACAGACAAGUAAUGUGAAUGGAGAAAAUUGUAAAUCAGGCGAUUAUUAGUUGAUCCAAUAUCAAAUUCUCCAAACUAACAUCAUAAGAAUAGUAGAACAGAGAGUAAACCUGCAGUACUAAACAAAGUACGUUAUGUUAGUGUA